UCUAUGCAGUCUACGCGCUUCAUGCGCGACUCGGAACGCACCCCAAGUCUCAACUUGUAUGUACUUAUAUGUACUAAGUGAUAACUCUGGUAAAAAUUCUUGGAAAGAGAGACGAAGGGAACACAUUCACAGCAGUUGCGGAUUACAAUUUUUUACAUCUCAAAGUUUUUGCAAUGACGAUAACAACCCUAUCCAACGAAAUAAUCUACAUCAUCCUGCAUCAAGAAAUUGUUAGCAUCAAGGACAUCGUGAGCUUCGGUUUAACAUGCAGACAAUUUCUCAAUGUGAUCUGUCACAACAACAUACUAUGGCAAACAAAACUUUAUCAGAGAUGGCCUCGUAUGAAAAAAAUUUAUGACAAUCGAAUACAAAAUAAAGAAUGUAUAAAUUUUAAAGAUGAAGUAAAAGCAAGCAUAAAAUGUAGAAAUAAAUUACGGAGUCUCUUAUCACUAAUGUCUGAGAAGUUCUUUCAAAAGGACUAUUUAUCAGAAAGUGAUAUGAAACAUUUCGAUGCACUAUUCUGUCCAGAUAUGGGUGGUCAUAUCAUGAAUUAUCAUUUCCUCAAGGAUGAAAUGAUACAUCUGAUUACAAUGUCCUCGCUAUUACCUGACUGUAACUUAACACAUAAAUAUUACAGCAAAGAACUUCUUCUAUAUUUACAACAGCGUCAUAUAAAGAACAUAUGGCAGGAAUUUAUAAAUUGUCCCAAAGAACAGCAGCUUCUAGAAAAGGCAGCUACUAUUGUAGCACAAUGGUAUCAACCUCAAAAACAUAUCUUUUAUUGUGAUGUGGAAGCAUCGCUAGAUAAUAUUGCACAACAGGUAUUCGAGCGUCUUAAAAAGGCACAUUGGGAGCAUCCAAUAUUCUCAAAAUCCGCUGAACAAUUUUCUUUUUGGAAACAUAACAUUAACGAUAAUCAAUGGAGCAAAAAGGAAGAAGAACAGAUAAUAAAUAUACUUCGAACAAUUUUAUUUGAUGAAUUAGGUUUCUGUGGAUCUUCGGUUUCAGACUCCUACACAUAUAAACUGGAGGAUAUUCUUAUAGAUUGUGUUUUAGAAAACAAAGUUGGUGAUGCUGUAUCUCUAGCAAUAAUAUUCCACAGUGUAACAAGGAGACUUGGCGUACGCUGUAAUCUAAUAUCGUUUCCUACUCACUUUUUUUUAAGUUGGAAGCCCAAAUCUAUCACAGAAAAAUCUGAAGAAGAAUGUUUCUAUAUUGAUAUCUUUCAUGGUGGGGCCAUUGUAGGUAGAAACGAUUGUCCCCGAACACGUGGUAGAAGAUGUCCCAUAGAAAAUUUUAAUAAACACAAUGAAAUUAGUCCUACAGAGGUGGUGUUACGAAUGAUUUAUCAUUUACAAAUGGUUAAUCCUAACUAUCAACAUUAUCAAGACAGAACUCUGCAAAUACGCUCAUUGAUGGAAUUCCGUUAUAUGAUAAAGCCAUAUGAUAUAGAUGAAAUUCAAGCACUAGGUCACCAUUAUAUGCAAAAUCAAAUGGAUUUAUCAGAUCUCUUAAACUCACUACAGAAAAUAUUGAACAGUUGUAACAGAAUAUCUAUGGAAGCAAUUCGAGCUAGAGAGCUGCUAAUUAAAUUUGAAUUUUACAUGGAGAAAAGAAUGACUUUACUUACAAGUGUCAGUUCGCCAAAGGUAAGAUGUAAAAUAAAAUAUGCAGUUGGAAUGAUUGUCACUUCCAAAAAACAUGUUCCAAAUUAUACAGGCGUGAUUAUUGGAUGGGAUGAGACAUUUAAUCCACGAAAUAUAACUAAUCCAGAACUGAAGAUUGUAGAUGCGAAAUUUAAUUCUAUGGCGCAACCAUUUUAUUUUAUUCUUAGUGAAGACGGUAAUAAGUAUUAUGCUACCGAAGAUUCUUUAAUAGAGGCACACCCACCAAGAUGGAUUGAGCAUAUCGAGAUUGGCCGAUAUUUUUGUAGAUUUGCAGGGUCUCACUAUGUACCUAACGAAGUGCUAAAAAGACAGUAUAUGUUCGACAAACUUGUUCUCGAUGGACUUUGUUAGAGGAAAAUGCUUCAUUAUCAACAUCUUUUUUUAGUCUUUUUGUUAAAAUAUUGUGAUCAAAAACUGUAAA